UUAAUACAGAAGAUUGUAAAAUUUAAUAAAUUAGUAUUACCAAUUCUUGAAUUAGGGUUUUGUAUCAUCUGCCAACAACAGUCAUGCUUCUCCGCCGGCUCUUGAAGCUUUCUUCUCAGAAACAGCCUCUGCUCAGAGACCUCACCGCUCGAUUCUUCUCAUCUUCCUUGUCGUACAAACUUCCUUGCCGCACCAUGGGCGCUAAACACUGUGGAACUAGUGUAAGGGAUGGGGAUAUUGGAAAUCUCGAGGUAAGCAAUUAUGGUUUUGAUGCGAUCUUCGCUACGGAGAAGAAGGUGCCUAUGGAGUUGUUGAAGGAAAUGGGAACCGUAGGAUCGUCCCAUGGAUGGGUUGCUACUUUGAAGGACGGCGUGUUGCGUCUCCAAGAUGAUCUAAACCCAAAUGUAUCCGAUGUAAAUCCAAAACGCAUUUCAUUGCCUCCUCUUGUAACUCUGUCUCAUUGCCAAACCCAAAUUGUAACCAACAUAGCCAUGUCUUCCUCUUGUCCUGAGGAUGAAGACUGUAUUGUGGCGGUCAAGUUCCUGGGACCACAACUCAGCUUAUGUAGGCCUGCACGAAGAAACUCCGAGUGGACCAACAUCAAAAUCACAGAUUCUAGCUUCUUCAACUCACAUGUCAUGUACUCAAAGAGAGAUGAGAUGUUCUCAAUGCCUUCUUCUGAAGGCGACUACAUUGGAUCAUGGGAUAUCGGAGAACACAUUCACAACCGCAAGGUUCAGAAGUUGCGGUUUCGAAACCUUCCGGAGUUGGUGAAAACAGAGUGGGAGCUGUUAGAUUCGUGUUGCAGGAGCGAGCACUUGGUGGAGUCGAGAUCCACUGGUGAAACUUUUUUAGUUAAAUGGUACACCAAUAGAAACAACGACAACGGGAAGAUGAAAACAGAGCGUUUCAUGGUGUUCAACAUAGACCAGGAAGGAAACGCUGAGUACACUACAGACAUAGGAGAGAUCUGCAUUUUCCUCUCACAGGCUGAAGCUUUUUGUCUCCCCGCUAGCUUCGAUGACGGAUACGAUAACUAUAUCAAUUUCUUUGGAAUCGACCACUGCGGAUCAGCCACUGUCAGCAAUUGUUUUUUACUUAUUGAGUAUUCCAGUUCUAGUAUCACGGCACCUUACUGGAUUCCACCAAAUUUAGACUAAUAAUAGUAAUCAAUCAAAGAGACAAGUAUUUAGUGUUUCUAAUGUGAGGUUAACCUCAGGUCUCAACUUCCCAGUUAUUUUCCUUUAUAGUUUGUAUUUUUCACUGUUGAGUUUGAAGUUUUUCUGCAUUAUGGCUAUACUUUCAUUGUAACUUUGACUGCAACGAAACUACUGCUGAGAUGAUAGUAUCAUGUUUUUUUUUUACGGUUUUGAUGUGUCCCGGGCAUCAAUAUCAAACUACAGCGCAUAAGUUUUCCCGUCUAAAAACAACUUCAUGUUUUUCUUUAACAAAAAAGUAGAUAUCUCAUGUGGCUUUAUCAUAUUGAGAAGCAGUAACAGGCUUUGCAUUAUUACAUAUCUAUCCAAGAUUUGGGGUCACUGCGUCAUCAUCAGUGACAAGCUGGGACGCGGAUGGGAUGGGACUUGCCAAAUUAGAGUACCUUUGGAAAUGUUCAGUCUCCUUUUUCUUCCCUAUUCUUUGGUUAUAUAAGUUGCGGCUUCAAGCUU